AUCUUCAAGAUGAGCCUUGAAGACCCUCAAGUGGCCACCGCCGCCAACAUCACCUCAUCUUUCCAUCAAUGGCUGCCGCAGCACCUCCACCUCCACCGACUCCAGCGCCGGUAGAGGCAUUGCCACAGUCGACGCCGGUGAGCCAUCCUGUGUUCUCCCGUGUACGUCUGGCCACUCCUUUAGACGUCCCUCACAUCCACAAGCUCAUCCAUCAGAUGGCCGUGUUCGAGCACCUUACACACCUCUUCUCAGCUACCGAGUCCUCGCUCUCUUCCACUCUCUUCAAUUCUCAGCCCUUCCAGUCCUUUACCGUCUUCAUCCUCGAAGUUUCCCGUAACCCCUUCCUGGAGUCGGCCUUCAAUCCUUUUUACAAACCGACUGUUCGGAUUGUGAAUCUGGACCUUCCGAUUGAGGAUCCGGAGAGAGAGACGUUCAAAUCGGAGAGCGAUGAUGUUGUGGUUGCUGGGUUUGUUCUCUUCUUUCCUAAUUACUCCACGUUUCUCGGUAAGCCUGGGUUCUAUAUCGAGGAUUUGUUUGUGAGAGAGUGUUACAGAAGGAAAGGUUUCGGGAAAAUGCUGCUUUCGGCGGUGGCGAAACAAGCGGUGGAGAUGGGGUAUGGGAGAGUGGAGUGGGUCGUGCUUGAUUGGAACGUCAAUGCCAUCAAGUUUUAUGAAGAUAUGGGGGCCAAGAUCUUGCAUGAAUGGAGGAUAUGCAGGUUAACUGGUGAGGCUCUCCAAGCUUACGGAACUGCCGACUGAUAUUUAACCCACUUAUACUAUGUAGAACCGUUCUGAGUAGAUUUCCUCUUAAAGACAGUGUUUGACAUCGAGUUUGAAAUGUGUGAAUUUAAGGUUAUGGUUUUUUUUUUCUUUCUGUGUUCUAGAUUUUACAUACUUAUUGUUAAAUUUGUUAUAGGUCUAUCCGUGUUCUGGUGUCCUGAACUCUAAUUGUUAAUCUUGGCAACACUAAAUGUUAAUCUUGUUUUAGGUUU